ACCUGUCACUUGAGAAUGCUUGUGAUUGUGAAUGUCAAAUAAUUACAAAUAAACGAAGUGUAGUACAUUAAAUAACAAGGAAUCAGGGUAAAACGUGAAAAGUAAUGUUUUAAAAUGGUAGAACCUAUUUUCGAUUACCAAUUUCGAUUAAUUUUAAUUGGCGACAGCACAGUGGGAAAAAGUUCUUUGUUGAAAUACUUCACUGAUGGAAAAUUCGCUGAGUUAUCAGAUCCCACUGUCGGAGUAGAUUUCUUCGCUAGGCUAAUAGAAGUUAAAGACGGCACUCGAAUAAAACUGCAGCUAUGGGACACAGCAGGACAGGAAAGGUUUCGUUCCAUAACCAAAUCUUACUAUAGAAACUCUGUCGGUGCUCUUCUAGUAUAUGAUAUCUGCAAUCGCGCUAGCUUUGAACACAUACCUCUCUGGAUGUCAGAGGCCAGAAGGCAUAUCGAACCUCACAGGCCUGUAUUUGCUCUAGUAGGCUGUAAGUUAGACUUAGUGAGUAAUGGUGGGCAAAGAGAAGUCUCUAGGGAGGAAGCGAAAGCCUUUGCUGACCAACACGGACUGUUCCAUGUCGAGACUUCUGCAAAGAAUGGUAUGAAUGUAGAGGAAGCUUUUCGAUCUGUGACACAAGAGGUCUACAAUAGGAUUCAGACUGGGGAAUACAAAGUAGAAGAUGGCUGGGAUGGCAUUAAAACUGGAUUUGCUCGACCUAACGGGUUAGACUUUAAUUUAGUAGAAGCAGAGCCUGCCAAAUCGUCCUGUUGCUAGACCGAGUCGGGGAAGUGGUGCAAUUAUAUAAAUAACUAUAAAUAAGGUAUGUACAUACAUUAUGUAUAAGUCGUUUAAAAUAUAAUAGAGAUGGAUGUAGAUUUCACUUUUAUAAUACAUAUAAGUACUGAUUUUUUUAGAGAUUAUUUUUAGAAAUUGGUUAAAUGAAAGUUAUAAAUAUGUAAUGGGGAGAAUAGUUACGAGGAAGAAAGGAAUUUCACACAUUUAUGUGAUAGUAUUUAAAGUGUUAUUAGUACAAACAUCAAUUUGCUGUAGGCUUAUAAUUCUUUUAUAUUAAAGAAUUUACACUUGAACAAUCUAGACACGCCAGAGCAUUUGUUACUUUUUCUUUCUGCUUGCAUAUCAUUUUUUGUAGAAUAAAUGUAAGUAUUUAAAUACAGCUUGAAGUAGUUUGUACUUCUUUUUAUCAUCAGUUAAUAAUUACGAAAGUAACGAUUAUUUUAUUAAUGCUAUACGCAACAGAGAGAAAAGAUAAUCAAAUAGUGAGUGGCUCUAAUUUUCUAAACACAAUUUAAUUUAUUGCAAAUAAGUGCUGUAAAUAUUUUAGAAUCGGUGAAGUAACCCUUAAUAUCCCGAAACAUUACUCACUUUAUUAUUUUUUAAUUAUUCGUCAUGAUACAGAAUAGACAUCAUAAAGAGAAUUUUCAAUUUGUUGACUUGAGGAUUCGAUUUGCAAUUUUUUAAACGAAGUACAUAUUUAUAAAUGAUUAUUUUCAUUAGUCUAGUGCGAAAUGUAGAAAACUAUUAUUUCUCCUUAAAAAAAUAUUACCAAUAGGUAAUGAACCAAAUUUUUUAGCCAAAUGCCUUUUAAGCUAAAUAUGGAUAGUACCUUUUCAGUAAUUUAGUCUUACCGAAAAUGUAUCCCAAUUAUAUCAAAUUAGUAAUGUCUUUAACCUAUUAACUUUAUAUUUUUAUUUAUUUAUGACUAAUAUGGUAGAUGUAAUUUUUACAUCUUUCCGCCGUUGAACACUGCAUUUCAAAGGCAUUUCUUAUUGAACCAAACCUUGGAAAAAGUAAAAACGUAUUGUCAAUUAAUUUUUCUAGUGAAUGUUUAAAAGUUUUAACCAAUACGUAUUAAUACACUGAAAAGACUUGUCUUUGGCAGCAAACUAUUUUUUUAACAUAGAAAAUGUCUAAGUAUCACUGACUAAAGUGUGCCAAAAAUUUGGUUCAUCUGUUAAAACCUCAAGGAAGACAACAUUAAAUAAGUAAAGAAGAUAUCAGUGGUUGUAAUUCAGUAAAGAAUGAAUUAAUCAAAUCAAAGAUCUUCAUUACGUUUUACCUUUGUGAUAAUUUCUCGUAUGUUGUUUUGCUCUGAGGAAGUGUGUUAUUUAAGCCCUAAUACCCCUAUCUUACCAUAAUAUGGUUCUAUUUUAUACCUAUAAUAAUCUAUCUAGUCUUGGAAUGUUCAAUAAUGUUGCGGAGGUUGUUUUUAAAUAUUUAAUUUUGUAUUAUAUUGUUCGAUUCAGCACUGAUUGGUUAAUAAAAAUUUAAAUAUGG